ACUCCAGGAUCUUCCUUCGUCUCCCCUCGGUCUGGGACCUCCAGGGGAGCCAGGAUGGCGGGGAGGAGGUGACCUGCGCCACCCCUUGUCCACCCUCUGAGUGGCACCACCAUGCAGAAGCCCAGCGGUCUGAAGCCCCCCGGCCGCGGGGGGAAGCAUUCGAGCCCCGUGGGCCGCACGUCCACUGGGUCGGCCUCGGGGGCGGCGGCGGCGGCGGCAGUGACAGCAGCGGCCACAGCCACUGGCUCCAAGGAAGGCUCGCCGCUGCACAAGCAGGCGUCCGGCCCCGCGCCGGCCCCCGCGGCCGCCGCCCCCGCCGAGAAGCCGGGCCCGAAGGCGGCCGAGGUGGGCGAUGACUUCCCCGGCGACCUGGUGGUUGGCGAGCGCGUGUGGGUGAACGGCGUGAAGCCGGGCGUGGUGCAGUACCUGGGCGAGACGCAGUUCGCGCCGGGCCAGUGGGCGGGCGUGGUGCUGGACGAGCCGGUGGGCAAGAACGACGGCGCGGUGGGCGGCGUGCGCUACUUCGAGUGCCCGGCGCUGCAGGGCAUCUUCACGCGGCCGUCCAAGCUCACGCGGCAGCCGGCGGCCGACGGCUCCGGCAGCGACGCGCACUCGGUGGAGUCGCUCACGGCGCAGAACCUGUCCCUGCACGCGGGCACGGCCACGCCGCCGCUGGGCGGCCGCGUCAUCCCGCUGCGGGAGAGCGUCCUCAACAGCUCGGUCAAGACCGGCAACGAGUCCGGCUCCAACCUCUCGGACAGCGGCUCGGUGAAGCGCGGCGACAAGGACCUGCGCCUGGGCGACCGCGUGCUGGUUGGCGGGACCAAGACUGGUGUGGUGCGGUACGUGGGGGAGACUGACUUUGCCAAGGGCGAGUGGUGCGGCGUGGAGCUGGAUGAGCCCCUUGGGAAGAACGAUGGGGCGGUGGCAGGCACCAGGUACUUCCAGUGUCCACCCAAGUUUGGUCUCUUUGCGCCCAUCCACAAAGUCAUCCGCAUCGGCUUCCCGUCCACCAGCCCAGCCAAGGCCAAGAAGACCAAGCGGAUGGCCAUGGGCGUCUCGGCACUCACCCACAGCCCCAGCAGUUCCUCCAUCAGCUCUGUCAGCUCCGUGGCCUCCUCUGUCGGGGGCCGGCCCAGCCGCAGUGGCCUGCUCACGGAGACCUCCUCGCGCUACGCCCGCAAGAUCUCGGGGACGACAGCCUUGCAGGAGGCGCUGAAGGAGAAGCAGCAGCACAUUGAGCAGCUGCUGGCCGAGCGGGACCUGGAGCGGGCCGAGGUGGCCAAGGCCACGAGCCACAUCUGCGAGGUGGAGAAGGAGAUCGCCCUGCUCAAGGCGCAGCACGAGCAGUAUGUUGUAGAAGCCGAGGAGAAGCUGCAGCGGGCCAGGCUGCUGGUGGAGAGCGUGCGGAAAGAGAAGGUCGACCUGUCCAACCAGCUGGAGGAGGAGAGGAGGAAGGUGGAGGACCUGCAGUUCCGCGUGGAAGAAGAAUCCAUCACCAAGGGAGACCUGGAGACCCAGACGCAGCUGGAGCAUGCGCGCAUUGGGGAGCUGGAGCGGAGCCUGCUACUGGAGAAGGCGCAGGCCGAGCGGCUGCUCAGAGAAUUAGCCGACAACAGGCUGACCACGGUGGCCGAGAAGUCGCGGGUGCUGCAGCUGGAGGAGGAGCUGAGCCUCCGGCGGGGCGAGAUCCAGGAGCUACAGCAAUGCCUGCUGCACUCGAGCCCCCCGCCCGCGGACCACCCCGAGGCGGCCGAGGCGCAGCGGCUGCGGGAGCGGCUGCUGUCGGCCAGCCAGGAGCAGCAGCGGGAGAGCGGAGCCCUGCGGGACAAGUACGAGAAAGCCCUGAAGGCCUACCAGGCCGAGGUGGAGAAGCUGCGGGCGGCCAACGAGAGGUACGCGCAGGAGGUGGCCGACCUCAAGGAGAAGGUGCAGCAGGCCACCAGCGAGAACAUGGGGCUCAUGGACAACUGGAAGUCCAAGCUGGCCUCGCUGGCCUCGGACCACCAGAAGUCCCUGGAGGACCUCAAGGCCACCCUGAACUCGGGCCCGGGCGCGCAGCAGAAGGAGAUCGGCGAGAUGGAGGGCAUCCGGACGGAGCACCAGCUGGAGCUGGGCAACCUGCGGGCCAAGCACGACCUGGAGAUGGCCGUGCACGCGAAGGAGAAGGAGGGCUUGCGGCAGAAGCUGCAGCAGGUGCAGGACGAGCUGGCCGGGCUGCGGCAGCACUGGCGGGCCCAGCUGGAGGCGCAGGCCGCCCAGCACCGGCUGGAGCUGCGCGAGGCCCAGGACCAGCGCCGCGACGCCGAGCUGCGCGUGCAGGAGCUGGAGCGCCUGGACGCCGAGUACCGGGGCCAGGCGCAGGCCAUCGAGUUCCUCAAGGAGCAGAUCUCGCUGGCCGAGAAGAAGAUGAUGGACUACGAGCUGCUGCAGCGGGCCGAGGCCCAGAGCAAGCAGGAGGCCGAGAGGCUGCGCGAGAAGCUCCUGGUGGCCGAGAACAGGCUGCAGGCCGCCGAGUCCCUGUGCUCCACCCAGCACACGCACAUGAUUGAACCCAAUGACAUCACGGAGGAGCAGAUCCGGAUAAAGGAGACCGUGGAGGGCCUGCAGGACAAGCUGAACAAGAGGGACAAAGAGGUGACAGCCUUGACGUCCCAGGCCGAGAUGCUGAAGGCCCAAGUAAGUGCGCUGGAGAGCAGGUGCAAAUCGGCCGAGAAGAAGGUGGAGGCCCUCUUAAAGGAGCGGCGGCGCCUGGAGGCCGAGCUGGAGGCCGUGUCCCGGAAGACCCACGACGCCUCGGGCCAACUGGUCGUCAUCAGCCAGGAGCUACUCAAGAAAGAGCGGAGCCUGAACGAGCUGCGGGUGUUGCUGCUGGAGGCCAACCGCCACUCGCCAGGGCCCGAGCGCGACCUGAGCCGCGAGGUGCACAAGGCCGAGUGGCGGCUCAAGGAGCAGAAGUUGAAAGAUGACAUCCGGGGCCUGCGCGAGAAGCUGACGGGGCUGGACAAGGAGCGGUCGCUGGCCGAGCAGAGGCGCCACUCGCUCAUCGACCCGGCCUCGUCGGAGCUCGUGCGGCUGCAGCGCCAGCUGAUGAGCACAGAGGACGCGCUGCGGGAUGCCCUGGACCAAGUGCAGCAGGGGGAGAAGCUCGUGGAGGCCCUGCGGGGCUGUCCCGACAAGGCCCAGACCCUGGGAACAUCAGGCUCGGCCAACGGCAUCCACCAGCAAGACAAAGCCUACAAGCAGGAGGACAAGCACUGACCCCGAGGAACACGGAGGAGUGGCCCAGUCCACAUCGGAGCCCCGCCAGGCUGCCCGGCAGCGCCCCCUCCAGGCAAAGGCCAGGACUGUCGCCUUGGAGACAAGACAGUGUUCACAACGCAAGCGCGCCGCCCACCGCCCACCGCUGCCGCAGCCCCCCUGCCGGCCCAGGAGGCUUCCUGAAGCCCAGCCUUCCACAGAGGGCGGUCGCGCCCCGGCCUGGCCCCCGGGCUUUCAGCCUGGACCCCCGGGAGCUUCUGCACUUGGUCUGGGGAAGCUGAGAAGACCCAGCCAGGCCCCUUGCCCCGCGUGUUCCUGUCUCUCUCCUCCCCAGAGGAGGAUUUUGGACCUACAGCUGCCGCCAGGCCAGGGCAGUGCCAGGCUCCUUGUCCCCACCCUCCGAGCCUCCCCCAGACUCCCAGGCUCAAAGUGUUGGGAGACAGGGUCCAUCCCCUCCCCCAACUGGCCGGAGGGUGUGCACCAAGGCCGGGAGCCACAGUGUUAGGCAAGUUUUGGAAACCCCUCCCUUCUCCCCCCGCCCCCCAGCUUGGGUGAGGCCUGGCUUGGAGCCCGGGGCCAGGGGGCAGCCGCACGGGAGCGCAGAGUAGGGGAGCCUGGGGUUGACCAGAUGUUCCCAAGCAGCCUCCCAGCGGCAGGUGCACCCUGCGGGUGGCCAUGCUUGGGUUCCAGCCCCAGCCUGGCAGGGAGGCGCCCACAGGCCCCUGCACACCCACGUUCCUGCCCUGUAGGUGCGUGGGCCCCUGGCUCCCGCAGCCAGGAAAGAAUCCAGGGCGCGUGGAAAACCCAGCGCCUCGCCGGGCUCACUCCCAGGCCUUGUCGCCGUCCCCUGGCCACCGCUGGGCACCGCCAGCUCCAGGCAGUUGGCGCUCCUGUCCUCCAGCCGCCCACUGGCUUUUGGUAGCUCUCGCAUGCGUGAUCACAGCAGCCUAGAAGCCACGCUCCGCGGUCUAACCCGCGCCAAGCCCUGCGACUGCUUCCCGCAACACGUGCGGGAGGCGCUAUUAACAGCCGGAGGCCCCUGGCGGCAGCCAAUAGGUGUCCCCUGCCGCUCUCUCUGGACCUCGCUGCCCCCCCCCCAAGCCCCCUGUCCCCGUCCCGCCCCGAGGUGGAAUUGUUGAAGUGUGGCCAGUCUGUGCCGGGACAAUAAAGCUUGUGGCUGAGGCGUCUGCUUCCCUCCGC